AUGCAGCAGUUCAUUGACACGGCCUGUCGUCAGGGCGAAGAAGCCAUGACACAUGCAGUGACGUUCAACUCCUUGCAGCUGGCCAUUUGUUCUGGGAGCAGCCUUACGGUGCUGGUGGUGGUGGCGCCCAAGGCCGGAAGCACCUCAACGGCCUCAACGGCCAGCUUGCGUUACAAGGCUAUGGAGAUCCACGUGGCUCUCAGUCGUGGAGAGUUGGGUGAAGAGUUCAAGAAGGUGGUCGGUGCAUCUGCGGAAAGCAGGGCUGAGAAGGUGUCAGACUACACCCUGUCCUCCUGCCUGGCGGAAGACGACUCCGCCAUGCACCUGCCAAAGGAACUGGCCAGUGCCGCCCAGCAAAGCUUCGUGGAGGCCUUUAGUUCAAGCUAUCAGGCGUUGUUGGCUGAUGCCUUAAAGGACUUGGAGCCGGCUGCAAGGAUUGUUGAGGUUGUCAUGGUUUCACUUCUGUUUUGCCGACCGGCCGCGUUGCGUUGUCUUCAUCGUCUACUUCUUUGGUGCUUUUGCCGGGGCACUCAGAUGAUUGAGUCAGAGCAUUGCAAAGCAACUCUCAGAACACGAUCAGCAUGCACCAACUGCUUCUUCAUUUCUCAUCAAGAGAAAACAGGUAGACAACGUAGUGUGCCACCGUGGGUGUUCGCAUCCUUCCUAGCAAUGCCGGAUGGCGUAGGUGGUGGAUGUCUAGCUCACUCCAAUACCUCCAAUGUUCCCAUUGACCUGAAUUCCUCCGACUUCUCUGCAUGGAUUGCGUCACAAGAGUGCACUGACAGUCUUGCAGAAGCCUUGGAGAUGGCCAACUCCAGGAUCCGUGAGUACGUCAAGAAGAAGUUGGACUUGGAGAAGGCUCUCAAGGAGCGAGGAGCGAAAAAGGAACACCAUGAGGAAGAGCAGGUCACCCAGGAAGGGGAGAGCCCAGAGAGCCCGAAGAAAGGAGUGGGCGAGAACAUUCGGAGCAUUAUCCAGCAAAUUGAGCAGGGCACGAUUGAUGGGAUACAACUCAGUUUCAAAAACAUUACGCUGGGUGAAGCAAAGGCCUUGGCUGAGGCAAUGGUGGCAAAUGCGAAGAAAAGCACCAUCAAGACGAUCGAGCUCUAUGGCAACGAGUUCGGGAAUGAGGGGGUUAUGGCAUUCUCCGAAGUCAUCGCCAAUGAGAACUGCGCUGUGGAGAAGCUCAAUCUAGGCAGCUGUGACAUGACAGACCUCGGAGCUUCUGCACUUGCUGAAGCUUUGAAGAAGAACGAGACAGUGAGAGACUUAAACAUUGGUAGCAAUGAAGGCAUCACAGCUCAAGGCAUCGGAGCCAUAGCCGAAGCUUUGGGGACCAAUUCCUGCAUCACCAAGCUCCGGGUGAGAACUGGUGUGCUGGAUCGUGAUGGGGCUUCACUUCUAGCCCAAGCCUUAAGGACGAACACGGCUCUCAAAGAUAUCGACAUGAGUUUCAACGAGAUGAUGGGGACGGGCGCUGCAGAAAUUGCACGUGCGUUGAAGGAGAACAGAUCAUUAGAAGUCGUUGACCUCUCAUAUUGUGACAUCAAUGAUGACACCGUGAAUGAGACUGCCUUGGCAUUGCAAGAGAACAAGGAGACAGCUUUGUGGAGCAUCUGUUUGGAUGGCAACAACAACAUCACAGACGCCGGGGCUGAAAGGCUUGUUCAAGCUUUGAACGAAAGCAACAAUCAGACGGUUAAGAUAUCACUGAUGAGUAUGCCAAUGAGGGACCGAGUUCGCUGCCUCUCUUUGUUCGACAGUCGCUUUGAGUUCUUGGCACUUUUGCCAGACGAGCGAGUUCAGGAUGAAGAUCAAGAAGAUCCUGGUGUAGAGAGUCAAAGUAGCACUCCGUCAACUCCGUCGCGCUUACAACUCCUACGUGCUGCAGCUGAAACAGCAGCAGCUGAGAAGGGACAAACUUCGAUGUGGGCCUGGCAGGUCUCCAGAUGUUUCGAGGUGGCGGUGAUUUGCACGGUCGCCUUCCCGGUCUUCGUGGCCUCGGUGGUGGAAGUGAAAAUCACGGCGCUGCCCAUGGUGCUGCCGUUACAAGGCUCUAUGGUGCGACGUGUCUUGCCAGAAGAAGUGGAGCUCUGCCCGCACACAGCAGCCGUGGCGGGUCACUUGGAAGUCGCGACCCACCCGGGGCUCAGUGGGGACUGGCCGAUGGUCCGACGUGGUGGUUGGAUCCCUGAAGAAGGGUUGAGGCACCGUGCCCUGAAGAUCGGGGCGCGACCGGAUGAUGAUGAUGAUGAGGAUGAGGAUGGGGAGGAGGAUGAUGUUGUUUCGGU